AUGUUGCAACCUCUCUACCGUUACAGAACGAAAUGCUGCUCUAAUGCAGAUUCCUGGCAGUACGCUCUGGCAUCUAGGACUCUUAACUGCCAAUUUUGCGGUUCAGUUGCGGAAUUUGCGUCCCUCCCCCAUGAAGUACCUCCACCAGUUCAGGACGCUCAUGUACCAGUUUCCCCUGGAGCUUGCCCUGUAAGAGUCGCUUUUAUAGCGUCUAAUCGAGAAAUCGGAUUUCUUAAUUUUGCCAUCGGCGAUGAGCUACAUUGCGGAGUUGUCGACACGGAGGGUUGCGUGACUAGUUACUCGCCCAAAGAAAAGCGUUUUUAUCGUGAGAGAUCUAGAACAUGGAAACAGUCGAUUAUUUGUGUCCCUCCUGAGGCUCAGCGAGUAGAAGGGGAAUUUUGGGAUCGUAAAAUUCACGAAGGAAUACGAAAUGGACCAGUAGGACCCCAGUUUGAUUGCCUCGACUUCGUCGUUUCUGUGCUCAAUCUAACGCUUGGAACGGAUGCCUUCAGUCGAGAGAAACUGAGUGAGCUUAUGUGCCGCCAAUUGUAUCACGUGCUGAAAUACUCGGAACUGCAAAGAUUGGCAAUCAGAAACAAAAUGAUUUAA